UUGGUUGACUUUUUCUGUUAGUAGUCACUAAUAAUGUCCUUUCGAAGUUAGAUCGUGUAAAUGACAACUAGUUCUUAAUCUUGUUUGAAUUAGUAUAAUCGAAAAAUGGUAUUCAAAAACAAGCUCUUCUCCUCAUCAAAGACAUCCGGAUCUCCGAGCCACGAUAGUUCAAGUAGUCCCAUUUCUGUUGGCUCCAAAUCUCCGAUAGGAUCAGACACAAAUAAGUCUGAAACUGCUUCAAAUGAUGAAACCCUUGUCCCUAACCCGAUCUCCGCUGUUGGUUUUGUCGGCCGCUUCAAGGUGUCAUCUGAACGAUUUGGCCCACUGAAGAGGUUUCCUGGUGACGUCAAAAGCUUUUCUCAUGAGCUGAACUCAAAAGGUGUGAGGCCUUAUCCAUUGAGGAAGCCUCGUAGGUUCAACAACGUAGAGGAAGAAAUGGCUAUAAUUCGGGUAAAAUUCGAUAAAGCGAAGGAAGAAGUAAACUCUGACCUUGCAGUAUUUGCGGCGGACCUGGUGGAAGUAAUUGAGAAAAAUGCAGAAAGUCAUCCUGAGUGGGAGGAAAAAUUAGAAGACUUGUUAGUUUUGUCUCGAAGUUGUGCUAUGACUACUCCUGGAGAUUUCUGGCUUCAUUGUGAAGGCAUAGUUCGAGAUUUAGAUGAUAGACGUCAAGAGCUUCCUCCUGGCGAUCUCAAAAAGCUUCAUACUCGGAUGCUUUUUAUACUUACUAGGUGUACGAGGCUGCUUCAGUUUCAUAAGAGUUGGGAAGAAGAACGAGUUGAAGAACACAAAUGGUUAUGAGUGUGUAACAAGUUUCUUCAUCUGAUUGAGUUUGUGUGUUAGUUUUUAUUUGCUGCAUGAUAUAUUUUAAGAGAUCAUUGUAUUUGUGAUUCAAUAAGCAAGUAACACUUUAUGUACUUUGUCAAGGUCUCAUAUUGGAAAAAAAAAUGGUGUUAGAGCUUGAUACAAGCCUGAUACAAGAGUGAAAAAAUGAGUAUUGG